CAUACGUAUUCGUGUACGUUACUCUUAUACAAUCAAGCAUGCGCACGCGUGUGUGCAUUAUGGAGCGCGGAACGGCUUAAGAGUCAGGUGCGCGUUCCAGUAGUGGUGAUUUGGUGUAAAAAGGAAUUUCGUUUCAUCCGUAUCGCGAUCAUCGGAGUGUCAAACAUUAAGCAGUGCGAGAUAACUCGUCAUUGUUGCAUGAUUUGUGAUCGACGACACGCGUGAAGGAGAACGAUCUAGGCGUUGAACCGGCUUUACAACCAACCGACGAACCAAGACCACCGUCUCGAUCGAUUCAUUGUUCCUCCUAAACGUUUAUCAUUUGGCUCACCAUGGAAGCUUUAAUACCGGUGAUAAACAAAUUGCAAGACGUAUUCAAUACCGUCGGCUCUGACGCAAUACAGCUGCCGCAGAUCGUCGUUUUGGGCACGCAGAGUUCUGGAAAGUCAUCUGUAAUAGAGAGUUUGGUAGGUCGUACUUUCCUACCACGAGGAACUGGCAUUGUCACACGGCGGCCAUUAAUAUUACAACUUGUGUACACACCAAAGGAUGAUCGCGAACACAGAAAUGCAGAGAAUGGAACUUUGGAUUUGGAUGAAUGGGGAACAUUUCUGCACACAAAGAACAAGAUUUACAGAAAUUUCGAUGAUAUUCGCAUAGAGAUUGAAGCUGAAACUGACAGAAUGGCUGGAGCCAAUAAAGGAAUCUGUCCAGAGCCAAUUAAUCUCAAAAUAUUUUCAAAAUCUGUUGUUAAUUUGACACUCAUAGACUUACCUGGUAUCACAAAAGUACCAGUGGGUGAUCAGCCAGAGGACAUCGAGAGUCAGAUACACGAGCUAGUACUAAAAUAUAUAUGUAAUCCUAAUUCUAUAAUUUUAGCAGUGGUCACUGCCAACACUGAUAUGGCUACAAGCGAGAGUUUGAAGCUUAGUAAAGAUGUUGAUCCAGAUGGCAGACGAACACUGGCUGUUGUUACCAAAUUGGACCUCAUGGAUGCUGGAACUGAUGCCAUAGAUAUUCUGUGUGGUAGAGUCAUCCCAGUCAAAUUGGGAAUUAUAGGUGUUGUUAAUCGUUCUCAGCAGGAUAUAAUGAAUAACAAGAGUAUCCAGGAGGCACUAAAAGAUGAGGCUACAUUCUUACAACGUAAAUACCCCACAUUGGCAAACAGAAAUGGAACUCCUUACUUGGCGAAAACUCUCAAUCGCUUACUUAUGCAUCAUAUUAGGGAUUGCUUGCCAGAAUUGAAGACGAGAGUGAAUGUAAUGGUCGCGCAGUUUCAAACCUUACUUAAUUCCUAUGGUGAGAAUGUUGGAGACAAGAGCCAAACUUUGCUACAGAUCAUCACGAAAUUUGCAAGCAGUUAUUGUGCUACGAUAGAAGGCACAGCAAGGAACAUAGAGACCACUGAGCUGUGCGGUGGCGCUCGUAUUUGCUACAUAUUUCAUGAGACAUUUGGUAAAACCCUCGACUCGAUUCAUCCCUUGGUAGGUCUUACUAAAACGGACAUACUGACCGCUAUCCGUAACGCAACCGGUCCGAGGCCAGCACUCUUUGUGCCAGAAGUUUCCUUCGAGUUACUAGUCAAACGGCAAAUACGGAGAUUGGAGGAACCCUCAUUACGGUGCGUGGAGCUUGUGCAUGAGGAGAUGCAAAGUAUAAUACAGCAUUGUGGCACUGAGGUACAACAAGAAAUGCUGCGUUUCCCUAAACUGUACGAGCGUAUUGUCGACGUUGUUACACAGUUGCUUCGUAGACGGCUCCCAACUACCAACGCGAUGGUGGAGAAUCUGGUCGCUAUAGAAUUAGCAUAUAUCAACACUAAGCAUCCUGAUUUUCAUAAAGACGCGGCACUUGUAUCAUCGUUACUGAAAGGUGCUGAUGACUUAAAGCACAACAAACGAUUAACGACCAGUGCUAUAGUCCCAAUAGACACAACUAUAAAAUCAAACAAUAAUCAAGAUGAGAUAAACUAUGUUUCUGAUCAGACUAAGGAACAAGGACAGCAAAAUCACUGGCUACUAAGUAACUUACUACCGCAUGCGAAAUCAGAAUUAGCUACCUCUGCAGACGGUUCCCCAGUUAGGAUGCGUGAAAACAAUAACAUCCCGAAUUCUGGAAUUAAUUCAGUAACUGAUAUGCAGAGAAUAUCGCCACAACAGAAAUCAAUAAAUUUGCUCCCUGCUGUACCAAUACAAACAUCCCGAAAACUAAGCGAGCGUGAUCAAAGGGACUGUGAUGUUAUCGAAAGACUCAUAAAAUCAUACUUUUAUAUUGUACGGAAGUCCAUUCAGGACAGUGUACCAAAGGCUGUUAUGCAUUUCCUAGUCAACUAUGUAAAAGAUAAUUUACAAAGUGAACUUGUAACGCAUUUAUAUAAGUCGGAUCAAGCUGAGGCGUUGUUAAACGAAAGUGAACACAUCGCCGUUAGACGUAAAGAAGCAGCGGACAUGCUUAAGGCAUUGACUCUAGCUGGUCACAUCAUUAGCGAAAUUAGAGAGACACACAUGUGGUAAUUGAAUGCCUAUCCUUACAUCAUAGGAUUUUAGUUGAAUAUAGGUAUUACACGCCUAUAUUUUAAUGAAUUAUGUUAAAUGAUGUAAUUUACCAAUGUAUAUGCCGGACCACUGUACAUAACUCGUAUCUUUCAUGCAAGUAAGGUGUCAUUGAAGCACAAUGAUCCAUGAUAUAUUUCAUGACCUAAUUGUAUGAGCAUGAGGGAGGCAUAACAUUGUGCAUAAAGCACGCACUUGUGCAACUGAAAUCAAAUUAUUGUUUGAUUCACGAUAUGUAAUUUAGGCACGAUUUUCUACUGAUCAUGAUACAGACGUACGAGUCUAUCAGUAAUCUAUUAUCGAAUUGUAAAAUGUUCUUAAACGAUUUUUUCUCUGUUAUGCAUUUUACGUCAUGCUUCUUUGUCACUUAACACAUGCUUAUAUUACUUCGUGUUACACUAGCUGUUAACGACAAUUAUGAAUGAGAAACAUUAGGAAUGAGAAGUAUUCCUGGUAGAAGCAUUGUGCCGUGUAUUUUUUGUUAUUUAUAUAUAUUUUUUUUUCUCUCUCGAAAUAGAAAGUUAGAAAAUUAAUUUUAGUGAAUUGUAUUGCCGUUUUUUUUUCUUUCCCGCGAUUUUACCAUAGAAAUUUAAAUCAUUAUUUUAUACUAUUGUAUAAAUAGAUGUGACAUAAAUGGGUCGAGAGAUUAUUAUUACACGGAAAUAGAGCCGAGAGAAUUGUAACACUGGA